CCCUCCCUUAACCCUCUUACUUCCGGUAAAAAUCGUCUGCCUGAGGGUUAGAUACUGAUGGAAAUCAUUUGAUCUUUGAACUGCCAGCGCUUGUCACAAUAGCUGCAGAUUUAUCUGACGCAGACUUGCCACGUCGGUGAAGAGAAUAUCCUGCGUGCUAGAGGCAUUACACAAGUGGGACUGAGGAUGAACUGACGAAUUGUGUCUGCCGCAGCAUUUGUGUUCAACAAAAGCGUGUUGCCGUUUUAAUUUGCAAGCAAUAAGACCUCCAUACAAAGGAUGCAUACAAUUGAAUUAAUUUUCCUCCUGCUUGCUGGAAAUGUCUGCAGUCUAGAACAUGUUAAUCAUGGGCCACAUGUGUCUCACAAAAAUGCUGAUGGAAAGCAUAAUGCAGCAUAUGAUCAUGAGGCCGUACUAGGGUCAGGUGUAUUGGACGAUGCAUUUGCAAACUUGUCACCAGAAGAAGCGAAACGCAGACUGCUAGGGUUAGCUAAAAAGUAUGAUGAGGAUGGUGAUAAUUUGAUCACACAGGCAGAGAUGUACAAAUGGAUGGUUGCAUCAUUCAUGAGCCUAGAUCGCGAGGAAGCACUUGAGCACAUGGUUGAAGAAGACACAGACAAUGAUGGCUUUGUAUCAUGGGAGGAAUAUUUAAAACAGAUGUUUUCCUUCAAUACAGAGGAGCUACAGAAUUUAGAAGAUAGCAUCCGUGAUGCAGAGGAAAUGACAGAGGAGAUGAGGGACAAUGCUGGAACACUGAAGAUGGUGAAAGAGGAUCGACGAAAGUUCCAAGGGGCAGACCUAGAUAAGGAUGGAAAGCUGAGCAAAGAAGAAUAUGUUGCAUUUUUCUUUCCACAAAACUUUCCAUACAUGCACAAGUAUGAGCUGGAGACAUAUCUGGAAGAGAAAGACAAAAAUCAUGAUGGGAUGAUAUCUUUGGAAGAGUUUCUUCCAGGUGAAGGGAAUGUGGAGGCAGAUAAAGCUGCCCAGACAAACUUUGAAGACCUUGACAAAAAUGGGGACAAGCAGCUCAGUUUGGAUGAGCUGAAGACUUACAUUGUCCCAGACGUAGAUGAAAUUGCGGAGGAAGAGGCAAUACACCUGAUUGAAAUAGCCGAUGCAGACAAAGAUGACAAGUUGUCUUUUGAAGAGAUAGCUGCAAAGACCAAAGAAUUCGUAGGAAACUCUUUGACUGAUUAUGGACGUUCAUUGCAUGAAGAACUUUAGGCUUAGAUGUGCUUUUAUGAUUGUAAAAGAAAUGCUUUUGCUGUCUAUUUUAGACAUAGAACAAAAGGGACGGUACUUUAACCCUUGUCAUUUAAUCUGUUUACACGAUAUGCAUUUUUCCUUUUUAAAAGGCAUUUUGAUUUUUACACCUCGAAGAUAUUUAAAAGAUGAGACUAGAUGUUGCAAUGCAGAAGGUUUUGGGGGGCUUAGGAGGGGAUGCUGGGAAGAAGAUAUAUUAGGAUUUGGGUCAUCGUGCCUAAUUUUCGAGUCCAUGCCUCCCAUUCUAGACUGGUAAACUCGUACACAGCUUAUGCUGGAUUACAUGCAUUGUUGAUGAGUUCAGUUUAUGUUGCACACAUGAUAAAGUGUUGUGAACACAAAUGAUACUGCAGAUUUGCAUAUGUUUAUAUUUGCGCCUGAACCAUGGCUUUAAUGUUGGCAUUUUUUAUUGCUACUCUAAAUACCUAUGCUGGUAUUGCUUUCAUAGUCUUGAGAGCCAAUGGAACUUUAGGAAGAAAUUCUAUCCUUUCUGUAGCAACAGUAGCAUCAUGUGUAUUUUAAGGAUUUCAGAAAUUAUUCCAUUGUGCACUAUAUAAAUGUAAUUUUUCUUCUAUUCUAUUCUUAAAAAACCACAUUAAAAAUAUCAAAAACCCACAUUCAAAUAUUUUAUCAAAAAAUCUUCUGCUUAAAAUUUUGUAAUGUCUAAUUUUAAAAUCUGUGAAUUGCUUAUUUACUUCCAGCACUUCUGUUUUGAUUUUAUGGAGAUUGAACAAAACCAUCCUUCAUUUUCAUGUGUCAUGUUUCAUAAUUUUCUGUUUCUCAUAUAAUAAUUUAGUUUUUUAGGUCACAAUGGACAGAGACUUACCUAGUUUUUCGUGAUGGGCUCUGAAUGCAAAUGUGUUUUUCAUUUCAGUCAAAUUUCAUUAACUAGUAAAUAAUUUUAUUUGAUGCUGGCACAUAUGCAUUAUACAUUCUUUAAAAAUAUCACAUAAAGAAAUCCACGAUUCAUUGGAAAAUCUGUUACUGAUGACUUGUGGUGAGAGAGUACAGUUAUCCAAACAGAGUUGGAACAUCUACCACACAUUUGAAUAGACAAAAUUAUCAUAAAACUUUCUCUGUACAACUAGUAUUACGAUAGACUAAUCAGGGCUUCUGCUAAGGCUAAAAUCUCUGGGGUCCCAGGGAGCCCUUCUUCAGAUUUUUAAGGGGUCCCUGUUCUUCGCCCAAAUUUGAAUGGGACUCCAUUGACGAAAUAUGAAGGGGUCCUCCAAACUUUUAAUGCGUAUUGUACGCAAUUUUUUGCGUAAGCAGAAGCCCUGCAGGCUUGUUUCUAUCUUUCAAUGUUCCCCAUCAACCGAUCUUUCAUAAAGUAAUGACCAUAAAUUGAAGUCUUUAAUCCACUGGAAGCAACACAAUAAAUCAUUCGCAAUGUUUUAAACUCAGUAAAAUUAAAUGUAAGUUAAAUUAGUUUGGUAACACUUUGAUAUUUAAAAUAUGAAGUGUUUCCUAAAAAAAAUUUGAGGAAAUAGUUAUAAUCUUAAAGUCCUGGAAGCUGAAAGCUCCAUGAUAACAUUUUCUGCCAUAGUGUUUGAUGCUAGUUUUCAGGUUUUGGGAAAGUUGCUGCAGAUGCGAUAUGCUUUUUCUUUUGAGUGCUGUUUAGAAGUAUUACUUUUGUCUCUUUACAAUCAACAAAAAAUCAAAAUACUGCUUAAUGCUUGAAAAGUUGUUUCUAUAAGUUAUUAGUUUCUAAAUUGCUUCAGAACAUUGAAUCAAAUUGAUAUUUUGGCUGCAGUGAGAUUUUUGCAUGCUAGGGUAUUUCAUUGCAUGUUCAUGUACUAACGAUAAGGGUCAAAGGAGAUAAAAAUGAGUUCUAAGAUUUUGAUACUUUUGACACAUAUUGCUGAGAAUAUGAUGAACUAUUGCUCGCCAUUAAAUGUUGAUCCAUGAAUCUUGGAUGCAUUUAAUGACAGAAUCUUGGUUUGCAGUGAGUACAUGAAAAAAAAAGUUAUAAAAAAGCUAUAAAGUUCCGAAAGUCAUACACAUUACAUGAACUAUUUUGUAGAUGAAUACUGUAGGGGUUAUGCAUGUUGUUCAGCUCUCUUAAUGUUGGCCUAAAGAACUCAAAGAACAUAAGUCAAGAAAUUUGUUAACUAAAACACUGUGUUUAAGUUCUUAGGCUUUAGUUUUUUGUUUAGUGUUUUUAAAGUAUUUCUAUGUUGCCCAUGUCAUGCUAUCAGCUAAUCUUAUUUCAGGGAUAUUUUGAUGUUGAAAGCACUGCAGUAUUAUUUGUAUCAUGAGCUUGUUGAACACGUGGACAAAAUUAUACCUGCUGAAAACAAUUCCCACCAUUUUAAUGUUGUGAGCAUUUAAUUAUUUCAAGAAAAUUUGAAAUAAAUUUGCACUUUCUAA